GCCAGCCUGCUGUUCCCGGUCCGCAGCGCUGUUGCCAUGCUGUGCCGCCGGGGUGCCGGGUGUCUCCGGUCACUGCCCACCUUGCGGUUGCGGGCGCGGGAACUGCAGCCCGGGUGGAGUAGCUCGCGGCUCCCGGUGUGUGCAGCCGCGUCUGUGUCGGCGGCCGCGCCGGGCGGAUGGUACGAGGCCCUGGCAGCGUCGGCGCCCGUGCGCGCCGCGGAGGAAGUGCUGCUGGGCGCGCAGGCAGCCACGGGGCUCCCCUGGUGGAGCAGCAUCAUGCUCACCACCGUGGCCCUGCGCGGCGCCGUCACGUUGCCCCUGGCGGCCUAUCAGCACUACAUCCUGGCCAAGGUGGAAAACUUGCAACCAGAGAUAAAAAGCAUCGCCAAGCGCCUUAACCAAGAGGUUGCCGUUUGUGCGCAUCAGUUUGGUUGGUCCAAAAGAGUUGCCAGGCUCACCUAUCUAAAGAACAUGCGGAGGCUUGUUUCAGAGCUGUAUGUGCGUGACAACUGCCAUCCCUUCAAAGCCACCGUGUUGGUCUGGGUACAGCUUCCAAUGUGGGUCUUCAUAUCCGUUGCCCUCCGGAACUUCAGCACAGGGGCAGCACGUUCAGAAGCUGCUGUUUCUGUUCAGGAGCAGUUAGCGGCUGGCGGGGUACUGUGGUUUUCUGACCUCACUGCAGUGGAUUCCACUUGGAUUCUGCCCAUCUCCGUUGGUGUUGUCAAUUUACUAAUAGUGGAGAUUUUCGCUCUACAAAAACUGAGAAUGUCUCGUUUUCAAAUGUAUGUCACACACUUUGUGCGUGCUGUGUCCGUGCUGAUGAUCCCGAUUGCCGCCACAGUACCUUCUUCUCUUGUUCUCUACUGGCUGUGCUCCAGCCUCUUGGGCCUCUCCCAGAAUCUGCUGCUGCGCUCCCCUGGAUUCCGCCAGCUUUGCCGGAUACCACCAACCAAGUCGGAUUCAGAGACCCCUUACAAAGACCUCUCUGCUGCCUUUUGUGCCAAGUUCCUUUCAAGAAAAUGACAGAAGUUCACUUCACUAACUUUGAAAUUAUCAGAAAUGUCAUUGUCGGUUUCAUGUAUUGAAUUUAGGAGAUUGGGUAGCAUUUAAAUUGCCUUUAUUUAACUGUCAUGAAGCCCUGUGGCAAAGAUGCAAUUCAGAUGUAUUUUACAUGUUACAAAUAAAUGUUCAGUUGUAAAGUGUAAAGAUAAGCCAGGAUGCCUGGCCUUGUUCAUGAAAUCAUAGCUUUGCUGAGAACGGCAUUAGAGCCUGCGUGAUCUGGGCCCAACUGU